AUGUCUGACCGCUGUGAAGAUACCACCCAUUCCCCCUCGGAACGUAAACGAUCUCUUCCAUCCGACGACGAAGAUGAUGACCUUAGUGUUGAAGAAGGAAGAGCAAGGUACAAGCGUCCUGCUUUAAAUAAUUCAGGAGGAGAAGAAGACGCUUCUUCAGAAUAUGGUGCGGAAGAUACCUAUCGAGACCCUGAUGAACCUAAUACAGAAGAUAGACCUGCAUCCCCUGAAUCUGAUGCUAUGUUGGAUGUGAAUGUUCGUUCACCCGCUGCUGCGGAAAAAGAGAAAAAUUCGGAAACAGAAUCUACACUCGCUACUAUUUCUUUGCGUGCACUUGUCACGACCAAGGAAGCCGGUGUUAUUAUUGGUAAAGGGGGAAAGAAUGUUAGCGAAAUUCGAGAUAGAUCCGGUGCUAAAGUUACUAUAUCAGAAAUGGUUCAGGGCACAUAUGAAAGAAUUCUGACGGUUACUGGACCUUUAGAUACUGUUGCAAAGGCUUUCGCUUUAGUAGCCCGGAAAAUCUUGGACGAAAAUUUGGAUACACCAUCCACAUCUAGUUCAAAAGCCACUACAAUUAGACUUCUUGUUCCUCAUUCUCGUAUGGGUCCCGUUAUUGGUAAAGGGGGUUCCAAAAUUAAAGAAAUUCAAGAAAAAUCCGGUGCAAGAUGUCUUGCCUCCGAAGAAAUGCUUCCUCAAUCUACAGAACGAACAAUUUCCAUCACAGGAGUUCCUGACUCUAUUCAUAUUGCUGUCUUUCAUGUGGGAGAGGAGUUAGCCAAGCAUCAGAACGAUCGUAACGCCAAUAUCACUCAAUAUCGACCCCAGCAACGUCUUAUUUACCAUCCGGCUGCACCGGUUGCAGGAAAUCAUCCAUUUUACGUAGGACUUCCUCCUGGUCCUCCCUAUUCACGUGAAUUCAUGCAAGGUCCUCCAGGACCAAUUAACCAUCAACCACCUCCCGGAUCUCAGGCUCAGCAAAUUUUUAUUCCCAAUGAUAUGGUUGGCUGUAUCAUCGGCAAGGGAGGUAGUAAAAUAAAUGAAAUUAGGCACCUCUCUGGUUCGCAUAUUAAAAUUGCAGAACCACAUGGAAACACCAAUGAACGGUUGGUUACUAUUACUGGAACUCCGGAGUCGAAUCAAAUGGCUCUUUAUCUACUUUAUAGCCGUCUUGAAGCUGAAAGGAGGAAACCAAGCGUGUAG